AUGCAACUUACGACGCUGGACAAGAACGCAGUCAAGGAGGGCAUGCGGGUGCAGAACGCUCUCGGACUCACUGGCACUAUCAGGUGGGUUGGUACACUGGAGAGGAAGGAUAAUCCAGCUGACGGAAAAGGUGUCUAUGUCGGCGUUGAGUACGACGAGGCAACCCAAUCCCCACAUCGCUGUGAUGGCAAGUUAGGGGCCAAACACCACUUUACGUGUGAACCAGGAAAGGGUGAGUUUAUAAAACCGAAGCACCUGUACUCAGAGAUAAACCCUGCGGUUGUUGCUGCUCUUAGAGAGCGUUACGGCGAAAAAGUUGCGGACUGGCAUGACUUUCAGUUAAUUAAAUUUGCCAUUGCGCGAAACUUUGAUAUGCCGGCGGUGCAUCUAAUGCUUGACAACCACCUUCAAUGGCUACAAGCAUUCCAACCAUCACACGAUGAGUACUUUCCCGACCGAAUUGUUGAGGAUUAUCCAUGCGGCUACAGUGGUGCGGCAGAUUUUGAUAACAACCUUAUAUAUUGCGAACGUCCAGGUAACGCGGGUAAGUGCACACCUGCAGAAUUCGUAGGACGCUACAACGCUUGCAUCAUCACGCGCUGGCACGCCUCUGCGAUGGAAAUGGGUAAAAAGAUUAUGAUCGAAAGUGACUACAAAUACAAACGCGUCUGUUAUAUUGUCGACCUUUCUAAUGUUGGUAUGGGUAUGAAUCGGUCUCUUAUUACGUUUGGGCGAACCUUAGCUAAUCUCGAUCAAGCAAACUAUCCCGAGCACCUGGGGCGGCUUUUCCUUGUGAACUGCUCUAAGUUUUUCCGUAUGGUGUGGAGGUUGUUGAGUGUUUUCCUCGACGAAAGCACAAAGAAAAAAGUUAUGUUUUUGCCCCCUGGCGGUGCUAUAAAGUCGAUGAUGAAGCAUAUGCGUGAAGAAGACAUUCCUGAUUUUGUCGGGGGCCCAUCCACGGCGUGGCGAAAAAACGGUUGCCGUGUUGGAUCUGCGGAACCAGCGAAUGUCUUCAAAGGGGAGACGAUAGUGGAGACAAUCCAGGUGGACGAUAUUCCAGAUCAACUGGACGAAAUGACUUUAGAGGAAAGCUUCCGUGAAGAGGAGAGAAAGAGUGGGAGCAGUCUUCUUGGUUCCUCCGGUAACGGCGAUAGUCAAGAAAACAGUGGUGUUAACUCUGCAUCGUGA